CGGCUGUUGAUGUGCAAAUGUGCAUCAUGUUGAAGGGCUGUGAAUGGGGAGGUGUGACGUAAAAAGAGACCCGAGCGCAGGUGCUUAUCUCCAGGCUGUCAAAGGCACAGUAUGUCAUAUUCCCGGGGACUACCUUUCAAAGCCGCAGCACCGGCGCCAAGCAGCACCGUCGCCGUCAGCACCGGCAGCACCGGCACACGGGGAGAAAAUCAAACUUUUGGGAUCGAGGCUCUAGGGAAUGAAGCACAUGAUCGGCCCUUGAGAGACACGACAAGCGUCAGUCAGGCCGGGCACCGCCAAGCUGCCACCUUUGCCAACGCGGCGCCCUCCGAACACCCAUCAAAAAUGGAUUCUGACGGUGAGGACCAGACCCUGAAUACGUGUGGAACAGAUCUGACCAAUGAAGACUUUAUUGUUGAGAGUAACAGCCCGUACGGCCCGUCGGUUCGUAAACGGAGCGCACAGGAAGGGGCGGCGGGCGCCCCCGUCAACAAGAGGAAGUCCCUGCUGAUGAAGCCGCGCCACUACAGCCCCAGCGAGGCCUGCGACGAUGAGAGCGGGGACCAGGCGCCGCGGCGGGACAAAGACGCGGCGAGGAGCGCCGACACUCCAGCAGAUGGGAACUUCAGUCCGAUCGAUGGCACGCCGGACAGAAACGGCCGCUCCAACGAUUCGCUGGGUUGGUCCGAGGUGACCCCCGAGGACUCGCCGCGGUGCGAGGUCAGCACGCCGGAAAUGUACGAAGAUGAGGAAGAAGAAGCCGAGGAAGACCAAAGUCAGGACAGGCUCAGCUACACGUCGUCCCCGCGGAGCCCGAGGGAGCUCCGCUGGGCUUUCUCCGCAAAAGUCAACGACUCGAGCCCCUCCGGAACCUGCGAGGAGCCUUCGCCCGUCAAGGAAGAACCUCAAUCGGAGCUGAGCAGACGGGGGGGCCUUUUCCAGGGAUACAGGCCGGAGGAGGAGGAGGUGGGGGAGGUGGGGGACAGCGACACGGAGGCGGAGAGGCUUCCCCCGCUGGACGGCUGGCCGCUGGACCACCUCCGCUACCGAGGCCUCGACGCGGGCCGCGGCAGAGUCAACCUGAGCCUGCUGGAGCAGGCCAUCGCGCUCCAGACGGAGCAGAGGCAGGCCUUGCAUCACGCCUACCGCGAGAUGGACCGCUUCCUCAUGGAGCAGAUGACCAAUGAGAGGAGGCACCAGCGCAUGAUGGACCUAGACAACAGGCUCGGCUACCCCGCGGGCAAAGACUCUCCGCGGGCGGACAAGCGGGACAUCAAGUGUCCCACGCCGGGCUGCGACGGGACGGGUCACGUGACCGGACUCUACCCCCACCACAGGAGUUUGUCCGGGUGUCCUCAUAAAGUGCGAGUUCCUCCAGAGAUCUUGGCCAUGCACGAGAACGUCCUCAAGUGUCCGACUCCCGGUUGCACGGGAAGAGGCCACGUCAACAGCAACCGGAGCACCCACCGGAGUCUGUCGGGCUGCCCCAUCGCCGCCGCAGUGAAAAUCGCCAAACCUCAGGACGAGAGCCUGAAAAGCAGACAAAUGCCCGAUCGCUCGCCGAGGAUCGCGGGCCCGGUCAAGAAGUUGGAGCUGAGCCAGCUCAACUACCGGCUGGCCCACCCCACGGCCGCCUUGCACGGCGGCCCGGCCAAGGACGCCGACAAGUUCAGCGGGAUCCGUUUCGACUACGCCAGCUUCGACGCGCAGGUCUUCGGGAAGCAGCCGCUCAACGGCGCCGGCCGCGACGCCCGACUCUCGCACUUUCCCGAAUCACCUCCGCAGUACCAUCCCGGCUCGCUGCUGGCGCCCGGCGCCCGCCUGCCCGCUUCCGGUCAACGCAGCCCACCGGCGAGCCGCCCCAACCACGGAGACGGCGCAGGCGGCGCUUUGGGGGCGGCCGCCAUCCUCAACCUCUCCACUCGCUACCGGGAGGGCGGCGAGACGGCGGCGACGGCACCGGCGGCGGUGGCGGCGCGGCCCCUGGCAACCUCUACAAAGGUAAUCAAAUCAGACCACUUGGAAAAAGAGUUUUUCUGACGUUUAUGUCGUCCACGUUUCCCGCAGGACAUGCACAUAGAGGUGGACGAGAACGGCACCUUGGACCUGAGCAUGAAGAAAAGCAAGGAGAGCGUCCACGCCAAAGCGCCUUCGGACGAGCGAGCGCAGCCGGAGUCGCUCGCGGGGGCGGCGGCCAAAGGCUGCGGCGGAGUGCUGAUAAGCCCCGCCUUCUACCAUCCGCUGCGCGACAGGGACAGCUGGGACGGCCCCGUCCCCGUCGACUUCAGCCAAGCGCACGUUUUGCACGACAGUGAGGUAGGGGAGUUGGAUCAACUCGGCACCGAGGAGCAGCACUACCAAGGCGAGGCGGCCAUGAUGAAGGCCAAGAUGCUCCUGCGAGAGUCCAAGAAAGAACUUUUGAGCUGUCCGACCCCGGGAUGUGACGGCAGUGGCCACGUGACGGGAAAUUACGCAUCGCACCGGAGCGUUUCCGGAUGUCCUUUGGCUGACAAGACUCUCAAGUCACUGAUGGCAGCCAACUCUCAGGAACUCAAGUGCCCAACCCCUGGUUGUGACGGAUCCGGACACGUGACGGGGAACUACGCGUCGCACAGAAGCUUGUCGGGAUGUCCACGUGCCAGAAAAGGAGGAUUGAAGCUCACCCCCAGCAAGGAGGAAAAAGAUGAGCAGGAGCUUAAGUGUCCGGUGUUCGGCUGCGAGGGGCAGGGCCACAUUUCGGGGAAGUACACGUCCCACCGCAGCGCCAGCAGUUGCCCGCUGGCCGCCAGGAGGCAAAAGGAGGCGUCCCUCAACGGGCUUCCCUUCGCCUGGAAGAGCAACAAGCAGGAGCUGCCUCACUGCCCUCUGCCCGGCUGCAACGGCCUUGGCCACGCCAACAACGUGUUCGCCACCCACAGGAGCUUGUCAGGAUGCCCGCUUAACGCGCAAAGUAUCAAGAAGAAGCACUCCGACGAGGAGAUGAUGACCAUCAAACUAAAGGCCAGCAGUGGCAUUGAAAAUACCGAAGACGGCCAACAUUUAGAGCACGACAUCGAGGAACUGAACGAAUCCAACAUGCAAAUGGAGGCCAACAUGAAGCAGCUGCAAACGCAGCAGAUCUCGUCGAUGGAGUGCAACCUGAAGAGCAUCGAGGAGGAGAACAAGAUGAUGGAGCGCCACAACGACGGCCUCCUGGAGGAGCUGGCUCGCCUCAGCCAGGCGCUCAUCAGCAGCCUCACCGACAUCCAACUGCCUCAAAUGGGCCCCAUCAGCGAGCACAACUUCGAAGCCUACGUGAACACGCUGACCGACAUGUACAACAAGUCGCAGCGCGAGUACUCGCCCGAGUGCAAAACACUUCUGGACAACAUCAAGAAGGCCAUCAAAGGUAUCCACGUCUGA